CUCCCCUGCUCGAAACCCUCGCCCACUUGCCUACCCCAGUCCCGGCUUCGCUCAAAACCAUAUCCUUGGUGGCUAAAACCAUCGCUAUACAGUCGCAAUUACUGGCUCAAGGCAACGACAGGAUCGCGGCGUACAAAGACCUCCAAAACUCCCAUCUUUCUCCUUCUGCUCUGCUCCUACUCGAAACCAUUGACGAAGGCAACCCUCGUCUUUCUUCCCAUUCGUGCGCCCACCUUCGUGCACUUCAGCUCCUCUGAUUCCCAUAAGUCCAUCUUCCAAAGAUGGUUGUUAGUCUAGAAAAUAUGGAGACUGAAAAGUUUAAUGUUGGCGGAAAACAGGAAAAUUUUGAGGAAUUAGAUCCAAAUGCAAAAAAGUAUCUACGUGGAGAUGGUGCUAACCUGGAGGUCUUACGGGAUAAAAAGCUGAAAGGGCAGCUCACUGUUAAAGAAAAGUUAUAUGGCCAAUCUGCAAAAGCUGCUGCUAUUGCUGAAAAGUGGCUUUUGCCUACCGAGCAUGGCUAUUUGGAGGCCGAAGGUCUAGAAAAGACAUGGAGGAUCAAGCAGGAAACUAUUCUUCAAGAAGUUGAUAUUAUAAGUUCAAGGAAACCAUUUGACAUGGUUUUGCCAGAUUUAGGUCCGUACACGUUGGAAUAUACAUUGAAUGGACGAUAUAUGCUUGUUGGAGGACGAAAGGGUCAUUUGGCUUUGAUAGAUAUGAUUACCAUGGAUCUCAUCAAAGAAUUUCAGGUCAGGGAAACAGUGCGUGAUGUGGUCUUCCUGCACAAUGAACAAUUUUUCGCUGUAGCUCAGAAGAGGUAUACGUACAUCUAUAACAGGCAUGGCACAGAAAUUCACUGUCUUAAGGAACAUGGUACGCCAUUAAAGCUCCAGUUUUUGGAAAAGCAGUUCCUAUUGGUCUCAAUAAACAAAUUUGGACAGCUUCACUACCAAGAUGUAAGCACCGGCGAGAUCGUUAACAAUUAUGGCACCAGUCUUGGCCGCACCGAUGUGAUGGAGACCAAUCCUUACAACGCAAUUACAAGCUUGGGUCAUGCCGGCGGCAAAAUCACCAUGUGGAAGCCAACAAGCACAAAGCCACUGGUUACAAUGCUGUGUCACCAUGGUCCUAUAACAUCCAUUGCCUUCCACCACAAUGGCCAUCUAAUGGCCUCAGCCGGUAUAGACCGCAAGAUCAAACUGUGGGAUAUCAGGAAGUUUCAGGUUCUCAGAUCCUACUCUGGUUAUGCCCAGUCCUUGGACUUCAGCCAGAAGGGCUUGCUGGCUAUGUCCAAUGGGUCUCAGAUACAUAUAUGGAGAGAUCCAAAUGGAGGCCGUGAUUAUGGAAGAUACAUGAAUCAUUCCAUGAUCAAGGGGUAUCAAAUUGGAAAACUUUGCUUUCGGCCUUACGAAGAUGUCCUUGGGAUCGGGCAUUCAAUGGGCAUUUCUAGUAUUCUCGUUCCUGGUUCCGGCGAAGCGAACUUUGAUUCUUGGGUGGCGAAUCCUUACGAGACGAAAAAGCAAAGGAGAGAGAAAGAAGUGCAUUCUCUCCUUGAUAAACUCUUACCUGAGACCAUCAUGUUAGACCCAAGCAAGAUUGGGACUGUAAGACCAACAAGGAAGAAGGAGAGGAAGAGUAGAAGUGAGGUGGAGGAUGAAUUGGAAGAGACUGUCCAGAAAGCAAAGAGCAUUAAGUUUAAGAAUAAGACCAAGGGAAGAAGUAAGUCCAGCAGAAAGGCUAAAAAGAAAGAGGAAGUUGUUCUGAAGGCGAAGAGAUCGUUCAGGGAGCAUCAUCAGGAAGAAGAACAACCAUUGAAGAAAGCGAAGGUUGAUGAAACUGAAUUGCCGAAAUCGUUGCAGCGCUUUGCUCGGAAGAAAACGUGAUGAUAAUGAUAUCUUGUUGUUUGAUGGUUAUAGAGUUUCAACUCAGGAGGAUGAAGAUUUCUAAGGGUGUAAUAGAAUGGAAAAAUGCUUUUUUGUAUUUUUUUUUCCUCUGGUUUUUCACUGAAUGAGAUGGUUCUGAGUGACUUUUGGGCAA